AUGGCGAUAGUCCGAGCUGUCUACGCCCCGUGGUAUGCGAAAAAUAAAAUUGGAUUUCAUGUCACAGUAAUCCAUGUUACAGUAAGUUACGAAAAAAAGUUAACGAGAAAAUGUCUUAGAAUAGCCCUUAGAAUAAGUAUUAUCAAUUUCAACCGGUUUGAAGCACUUUUAUUUUUUCAUGUAUUGAGCCCCUAAAAUUAUAUAAACCCCGUUUUAACCCCGAAUCCAGCUACCAUUGACAUUAAUAACUGCUCGUGGCAAAAUAUACAAUCCUCUGAAUCACAGUAAAUUUAAUGUCCGACUUCUUUUCGAUAUUCGCACCCAGCCGGACUCGAACCCGGGUCGCUGGAUUGGUAGUCCCGACCACUAACCACUAUACCACGAAAUUUGUCGCAGCUUUUUUUGAACUUUUUUUAUUGCCUCUAGAGCAGAAUUUUAUGCUGAUUCCAAAAAUCGUAAAAUCGCCUGUGAAAUUUUCAGAAAGAAAGAUUCUACGGUCGUUUUUUAGCGGUCGAUACAGUAUUACGGUAUGUUACAGUAGGAAAAUCGGAAAAAUAAUGAUACCAUCGUCAUCGCAAGGGUCGAAAACUUCAGUAACCGUCAAAUCAUCGCCCAGUAAGGUAAGAUACGACAGACGCACUGACUCAGAAAUCGUCUUUUAAAAUAUCAAAUUGGAUUACAACUACACCUUAAAGGUAAUUCCAAUGUAAAAAAUGGGUUCUAGAGUGGCAAAAGGAAUCGAACCCGUCCCCUUCGGAUUGCCAAUCCAGCGCUCUAACCACUCGGCCACACCGCUCUCUUCCGAGAAGAGACCGAGCUCGCUUUUGUUGCCGCAGAUUUUUUUCCUCGAGAAAUACAUUUAUUGAUAAAACUCGUUAAUAGACCAAAAUUAGGCAGCUAAUUUUUAUAUAUUCUGAACCAGAAAAUUUUUGCGAAUUUUUUGAUAUAUAUCUUGACCGGUAAUUCCACACCCCAUAGAAGUACUUUCAUUGUGAAAAGCAAUUUUUUCGGAGUUUUCAAAAUUUUUCGCGCAAAAAAAGCUAUGUACUCAAUUUUUUUUCUUUUGAUGACACAUACUCGUUGAACUGAGACUAAUUCUGUCUAUGGAAGUCUUCGAAUCAAAAAAAAAUUUUUUUUGAUUUUGAAUUUUUUUUAUUUUUAAAAAUUAUUUUUUUUCAUGAAAAUAAUGACUCAUCAGGCCCAAAAUUAAUUUAAAUUUGAAAUCAGUCUUUGAAGUGGUCUGGAAUCGUUACGGAUUUCAGUAAAACGUUGUAUUUUAGCAUUAAGAUUUUUGAAUUUUUUGAAUUCCCCAAAGAUUUUAUUAUGGUAUUUUAAAGUUUGGUAUCAUUGCCUGAGGCAUUUUUUAGAUUUUUGAUAUACGAUUUCUUGUUUUUUUUUCUUUAUUUUUUUGAUUUUAUUUAAAUUUGUCAUUUUCAAAAAAAAACUUUUUUUUUGAUUUUUUCGUAUUUUCUACUUUUGAUGACAUAUUUCACAACUCAAAAAAUUCUUCUUCGAUGAACAUUUUCCUUCAUUUUAAAUAUAAACUUCCCUUUUAUAAUGUCCCCAAAAAUUCACGCUUUCUGUCCAUAAAAUUCUCCUCGAAAAGCGCGCCAAAACGCUAGUUUGAAUCGAAAAAAGCGUUUCCGAUUGCGCGAAAUGUUGAUUUACCGCGUUAUCUGUCAUAUAGCGAGAUUUUAUCCCCUUAUACGACAUAAUACCUUCUAAAUUUUAGUCGCAUUUGCGGUCGCUCUCGAGUUUCUUCUCCAACUCCAACGACUUCUUCGAAAAACUAAUCAUGGUGAGUAAAAUACCCCUUUCUUUGGGGGAAAUAUCAUACAAAUCAGGUAGAAAAACUCCUAAAUCUAUCUGGAAAUCAAAUACUUUCUAUUAAAAAUUCAAUAUUUCCCGCUGAAAUCGAACUUAUUCACCUUGCUCUACUUUAGUAUGACCGCAAAUUCUUUCAGCGCGAAGUUAUCUCCAUCCACGUGGGCCAAGCCGGUGUGCAGAUCGGGAAUGCGUGCUGGGAGCUCUAUUGUUUGGAGCACGGCAUCCAGCCCGACGGUCGGAUGCCAUCCGAGUCCCCUACGGCCGGCGAUGACUCUUUUUCGACCUUCUUCUCGGAGACCGGCAACGGACGUCAUGUUCCUCGCGCCGUGAUGGUCGAUCUCGAGCCCACUGUCAUCGGUAAGACUUGGGGGUUGUUUUGGAGAGAUUCGGGGGAAAAAUACCUCUCCUUCAAGGUAUUGUUUUAUUUGAGAAUGAGGCUGAUAUCAAGUACAGGGUGGCCCAAAAAAAAUGGAAACUCGUAUUUUUAGUCAUAAUUUAUUUAACGACCUAUAUUUAACAAAAGUAACAAUCAAUAUCAAUAACAUAGAGCUCUAGUUACAAUAUACCUAACCGGUUUCAAAGUGGCCUCCUUUGGCGGCGAUACACAAGCCCAACCGUGAAGUGAAAUUUUUGGCGAUACGCCGCAGCUCUUCCUUGGACAAUUUCUCCCAUUCCCGCUGGAGUGAUUGCUUGAGGGACUCCAAAGUUUUGUGGGGCUUUCGACAUGCUCUUGCCUCCAUCAGGGACCAUACACUAUAAUCCAUUGGAUUCAGAUCCGGAGAGUAGGGCGGCCAAUCCGCAGUCGUGAUGAAGUCGGGGAAGUGGCUUCUGCACCAGUCUUGAGUUGAUUUUGCCUUGUGAGCGGGCGCAGAGUCCUGUUGAAACACCCAUUUCUGUUUUCCGAAAUGCUUCUUGGACCAAGGCAGAACUACAGAUUCCAAUAUGUCACGACAGUACACUUCCUUGUUCACUUUCACUCUUUCUUCAACAAAUAUCAGCGGAGUUUUGCCGGAGGCGCAGAUUCCUCCCCAUACCAUUACGGAAAGCGGUUUUUGGCGGCGUUCGACGAUGGCUGAAGGUCCAGGAUGUUCAGUGGACCAGAAUCUAUCAUUCUGGUGGUUCUGGGCUUGCUCAAGGCUAAAUAAUUUCUCAUCAGAGAAUAAAAUUUUCUCCCAAACCUGACCUGCGGCGCGACGCUUGAGCUUCCGACAUCUUUCUAGCCGUACUUUCUUGUCGCGUUCCGUCAGACGUUGAACUUUUUGCAGCUUAUAGGGCUUGAGCUUCAGUACAUCUUUGGCCAUUCGACGGACGGAUGUUCUGCUGAGGCCGGUCUCCCGGGCGAUCUUUCUCAUAGACACCAUCGGAUUUCGCUUCACUCGCUUUUUGAUGAUAUCCCGGUUGGAGGGGGUGUUGAUGGUGCGCUUCCUACCACUUCCUGAACGCCGACCGUCGUGGCCGACCGUCGACCGUCGUGGCCAAGCUCGUUGAAUCGUUUUAUGGCUUUCGAUACAACAGAUUUUCCAACGCCGAGAAGUUUAACAAUCUCACAUUGCUUCUUUCCUUGCCGAAACAAGUCCAAAAUCGAGGUCCUUCUAUUUGGCAUCCUGAAAAAACAUGUUAAUUAUUCGAUAUGGACAUGAAAAAAACUAAACUAGGACAGAAAGAAACGGAGAAUCUAAUAGGGCAAAAAUCAUUUGGCUGGGCCUAACCAUUUUCGCGUCAGGACCCAGGAAAAAAAGUUUCCAUUUUUUGGGCCACCCUGUAUAAUGUAAAUUUUGGUCAAAAAAUUGAAAAUUUUUUUUAUUCUGUUUUAGUUUAGAAGUUGGUCAUCUUUGAAGCUUCAUAAAAACCGCUGUGUCAAGCCCUACCAUACAAAACAUAUAUCAUUAGAUAGCGUUUUCAAAGCUCUUUCAGAUGAUCCCAAAAGAAAUUUUAAAACCUUACUGUAACCUGCGAAAAAAUGCAAAAUAAAAACGUUUAACCAAGCCUUGAGCACCAUUCUACCGUCCUCUUUUCCAGAUGAGAUCCGUACCGGCACCUACAAGCAAUUGUUCCACCCCGAACAACUCAUCAAUGGCAAGGAGGACGCGGCCAACAACUACGCGCGCGGCCACUACACUGUCGGCAAGGAGAUCAUCGACACCGUCCUGGACCGCGUUCGGCGUACCGCGGACAACUGCUCCGGCCUUCAGGGCUUCCUGAUCUUCCACUCGUUCGGCGGCGGAACCGGCUCCGGCUUCACUUCCCUCUUGAUGGAACGCCUCUCCGUGGACUACGGGAAGAAAUCGAAGCUCGAGUUCUCCAUCUACCCCGCGCCGCAGGUGUCGACGGCCGUGGUGGAGCCCUACAACUCGGUCCUCACCACCCACACCACCCUGGAGCACUCGGACUGCGCCUUCAUGGUCGACAACGAGGCCAUCUACGACAUUUGUCGCCGCAACCUGGACGUGGAGCGGCCCAGCUACACCAACCUGAACCGACUCAUCUCGCAGGUCGUUAGCUCCAUCACCGCCUCUCUGAGAUUCGAUGGAGCCUUGAAUGUGGAUCUCACCGAGUUCCAGACCAACUUGGUCCCAUACCCACGAAUCCACUUCCCGCUCGCCACGUAUUCGCCGGUCAUCUCCUCCGCCAAGGCCUACCACGAGUCGUUGAGCGUGGCGGAGAUCACAAACUCCUGUUUCGAGCCCGCCAACCAGAUGGUCAAGUGUGAUCCUCGGCACGGAAAAUACAUGGCCGUCUGUUUGUUGUACCGCGGAGAUGUGGUCCCCAAGGAUGUGAACGCGGCCAUUGCCACCAUCAAGACCAACCGAUCCAUCCAGUUUGUCGAUUGGUGUCCAACUGGGUUCAAGGUAGGGAUUUUUUGGGGAUUUGGGAGGCUUAGGGUGGAGGUGGUCUAAAGUAAUAUUGUUGGUCAUGGUGAAUAUAGAAAUUGUGUCUUAAUUUACGGAAACUUGUGGUUUUGAAGCUAAAUUUGGUGGAAUAGCGAGCUAGUUGGCUGGGAAAAACUAUUUCUUAAAAUGAGUUACAAAAAUCGCGGUUUUUUAUAUUAUCUAUGCCAUUAAGUCAUCCUUUUCGAAUAUUUCUUUGAAACACCAACUAUUUCGGGAAAUUUGGGGCCUCUAAGGGAUAACUAGAAUAGCAGUGCAUUCUCCAAUAAUUUCAACUCAAAACUCCAUCAUUAAUUACGCUAUCCAUGCUUCAGGUGGGCAUCAACUACCAGCCCCCCACCGUCGUGCCCAACGGCGAUUUGGCCAAGGUCCCGCGUGCCGUCUGCAUGCUGUCCAACACCACUGCCAUCGCCGAAGCCUGGGCCCGCCUCGACCACAAGUUCGACUUGAUGUACGCGAAGCGCGCGUUCGUCCACUGGUACGUGGGCGAGGGCAUGGAGGAGGGAGAGUUCUCCGAGGCCCGCGAAGACUUGGCCGCCCUCGAAAAGGACUACGAAGAGGUCGCCAUCGACUCCACCGACGCCGGCGCCGGCGACGAGGACGAGUACUAA